AUGGCCGAAGAAGAGUUUGAAGAAUCCGAAGUGAUUUUCGAAGAUAAGGUCAGAGAAAACAUCGACAGUUACGAAUCGAAUUCGAGAAACGGAAAUAACAUUGAUGAGUUGAGGGGUAAAAGGCUGACGUGGACUAACAAAACCAAGUCAACGCCGGUGAACGUACCGGAAAGUUCCUUCUGGCCGUGGUACGCAGAGUCGAAUUUGGAUUCCGGCGGCGAUGACGUGGAAAUGAUGCCGCCCCAUGUCAUCGUGGGGCGGCGCCUGGCCGGAAAGAUGAUGUCAUUCUCCGUCUGCACGGGAGUCGGUCGGACUUUGAAGGGCCGGGACUUGAGCCGAGUCAGGAAUUCGGUUCUCAGGAUGACCGGUUUUCUUGAGACGUAA